GCUGGCCAACACGAUAGAUUGCUGGUACCUGUUUUACCGACGUCUGACAGUUUGCAGUGUCAGUUUUCGAAAAAUUUUGGUUACUAAACCGUGACCGCAACAUAGGAUUCCGUGUAUUCCGUUAGGGGAACGAAAGGAAAUAAAAGUGGUGUCGAGGAGAAUGGAAUUAAUUAGAUUCGCGAGGCGAGCGUAGCGCAAUACUUGGCGAUUAAAAAUAACGGACGGUUAGUUUCACCCAGAGGUAACUCGUUCAAAUUCUUUUGUUUUCUACGAUAAUACGUGUGCUGCCCAUAUGCAUUGUCUUGGGCUGUGAUAUUGGGAUAUUUUUGGUGCACAUUCUUCAGAUUCACUAAGCCAGUAUGGGUUUAAUCAUAGCCAAAUUUAGGAAAAAGAAAACCAGCAUUGAGAUUUUGGAAAAUUUAGAUAAAGAAAUUAAAUCAAUUGAGGAUUUCCGAAGGAACACUCUGGAAAGGCACAAAAAGAUUGUUGGUCAUUUCUUGAUAUUUUCAAUUGGAGUCUAUGUGGUUUCAUGUUUCCUAUUUUACUUCUAUUUCUAUUCACCAAACAUCAAAGAGAGAAUUUUCUAUUUUUUACCACUUUUAGUGGCUCCAGUCUUUAUUUUUUCAUUGAAGAGGCUAUUAACUUGGUACUACAAUCGUAAAAUAUCGAAAAAGGAAGUGAAAUUGGUGAGCUUGAAAAAUGAUAAAAAGAAACUAUUGGAUACGGUGAUGGAGACGGAAACGUACAAGGUGGCGCGAACUAUAUUGGAAAAGUAUGCACCUGAACAAGUCCGUAAAGUUAAUCUUGCAUCGAGCGAAAUGACGCCAAUUGUCGCACGUUCGCCAGCAUUGGGAAUGCAAAGUGGUUUAAGGAAUCGUUCUAUGCCAAAUAGAUCAGCACCAAUGAUGAGACAAUCUAUCGGAUUUCCGCAAACCCCGUCAAGACCAAUUUAUGGCGAUCUAGCGAAACAAAGAAAUAACGCGGUCUUAGCAUCAGCGGACACCAGCCAAGUCAUGUCAGCAAAUAGUAGUCAAAUAGUUCCGGUUGUGCCCAUGCCUCGAGCUAUUUUGCCGAAGGAUAGAUCAGUUUUGCAGAAAAUGGUUGAAUAUCUUGUGGGUGAUGGUCCUUACAACCGAUACGCUCUAAUUUGUAAAGAGUGUUACGGUCACAACGGUAUGGCUCUUCAAGAGGAAUACGAGUAUAUGUCUUACAAAUGUUGCUACUGUCAAGUAUUGAAUCCGGCUAGAAAAAAGAAACCGGCCGCUCCGAAAUUAGGGUUUGAUGUUCCUCCGACAAGCUCCGGUCUAGAUGAUGACACCUCCGAGUCCGAGAAAAAUUCCGUAAGCGAUUCGGAUAGUGAAGGAACGAAGAAACCGGAUGCCGAAACUUUAUCCGAUAAUAAUAAAGAGAAAUCCUCGGAUAAUGAACAGCCUAGCGAUUUCGAUAAGCUCUCUGAUUUGGAUACGAAGAACUCUGACGGUGAGCAGGUUGAGGUCCAAGAGGAGCCGAAGAAGGAGGAAUAACGUCAAUUUAUAAAAGAAACAAACAUGAGAAACAUUUAAAAGACUGAUCCUUUUUGUCGUUUGUAACAAGUCUAUAUAGGUCUUCAAAUUUCUACUAAUUUUUUGUCUUGAACGUACGUACGUAGUAAAUAUGAACUAUAAGUGCCAAAAACAAAGAAAGGAAAUGUUUCAAACUGAAAAAUUAUAUAUUGUUGUUGAAAUUUUGUUCAGAAUCCGUAAGGUUCAAAUAAUUUAUUGGAAAGUUAUUCAUUAGACGAUUGUUAUAAAUGCUGUUACUUUUUUACGUAAUCUAGAGUUAGUUUAAUUUAUUACUACCUAUUUAUUUCAUGCUAUGUUCACGGUAUAUAUUAGGCAGUGCCAUUUAGGAUUUGGUUCUCGUUUGUGGCAUCAGAUAUUAAUGCGAUAAUAUCAUCUUGUCUACAAGGAUGAGCCACACAGUUAUUCGAUAAACCACCCACACGAGGUGGUCCGUAAAUUGAAUUAGUUGCAGUGCAUUUUAUGUUCAUCUCAUAAUGUGUUUCUUAGCAUAUUUGUUUUUAUUUUAGAGCUUGGAAUGGCAUUGUUGGAAUGUUUAUUGCAACACUCGCUUUUUUAUCCUUCCCAUCUUUAUUUUCAUUAUAUUGAAUAUAUUUAAACACCAGCGCUUCUCCUUUGGUACAUGGAAUGUCAAUUUCGGAUUGUUGAAUCGUAAUAGAGGUGCCUUUAUAAAAACAAUUUAUGCGAAUAAAUGCUUACUGGAGUUUGUAUAAUUGUAAUUUUAUCUCUAUACAAUAAAAUAUAUAUGCAAUGUU